CAUAGUUUUUGACAUUGAAAAGCAGACUGAUAAAAGAAGGCAAAGACAUAUAAUCAUCCCCUUCCACUGCUCAGUCCACCGCGGCUGCCACUGCUCAUUCCGCCACCACGCUUCCACUGCUCUUUCUACCCGCAUCCGUUUCCAGUGCUGCGUGUGUCGGCCGCCGCCGGUAUUUGUGCGGCAUGUGCCAUUUCCGCCUCCAUAUUCCUUCCGAUUUCACAGUUUUCCUUCUUCAGGCAGUUUAAAAAAGAAGCAAUCAGAUUGACUUUGAGUAAUCAGUCCAGAUGGCCAAUACUGGAUCUGGAGAGGAAUCAACAAGUCAAGCGAGGAUGAUGGAUGAUUAUGAGUCAUUGAUUUCUACGACUGAUGUUGAGCUCUUGAAACGAGCUUGGCGUAAUGAGAAAGCUGCACCUGAGAUCCUUCAGCAUGAAACUUCUUUGGUUCAGAGAGUUAAAGAACAGAUUGAAUUGGCGGAAGAAAAUGUAGAAAUAUCUGAAACGGACGGUGUAGAUCCUCUAACUGUGUCCCUUUACCAGAUGGACCUAGAUAGGGCCCAGUUUUUGUUGAGAUCAUAUCUCCGUAUUCGAAUCCAGAAGAUUGAGGAAUACUUGUUUCACAUUCAAAAAUCUGAUGAGCAUCGAAACAGGCUUUCUGUGCAGGAGCAGAUGUUUGCAGAAAGGUGCGAGGAUGAUCUCAAAAACCAUUUUGAUGAAACUGUUCUAUCAAAGUUGCCUGAUAAUUAUCAAUCGAGACUUAAACAAUCCAUAACAAGUGAAGAAGAUGACAUGGUGCCAGCACCUAGGCUUGACACAUUUGUUAUUUGCAAAGCCAAUCAGUACCUCUCCGGCAUGGAAUUUGAACCCGAGUACAGUACGGAAAUCACAGAGAUGGAGAGAGACUUGCUUACAUUUGUAUGUUACAAGUUCAUAAAGAAGCCUUUGGAGAAGGGGAAAAUAGAUUUGGUGUAAUCAUUUCUUAGCUCUUAACAUAAAAAAUAGUCAUGUUAUAAUUUAGAAUUUAGCAUUUAGAAUCCCAUGGCAUCUUUUCAUGUAAUUGCAGUUUUGGUGUUUUUAUUUAGUUAAUCUAUGACUUGUGAACCAA